AAGAUCAAGGGCUUCUGCAGGGUCGCGCGCGAGGCCGGUUUCCGUCUCGCAUGGAACGACACAUGUUGCAUCGAUAAGACAAGCAGCGCCGAGCUCUCCGAGGCCAUCAACUCGAUGUACGAGUGGUACCGACUCUCGGAUAUGUGCUACGUCUACCUCGCGGACGUCCCCGAUGGUGACAUAGCCCGUAGGGGAUCGGACUUCCGGGGGAGCAGCUGGCACACUCGUGGCUGGACGCUGCAGGAGCUCAUUGCUCCCGAGUUCGUCGUCUUUCUGACUCAGACCUGGUGCUUCCUCGGAACGAAGAUGAGCCUCGCGUCAGCUCUCGCGCGGACGUCUGGGAUCGACUUCGAUAUCCUCGUAGGACGAGCUAGGCCGGACUCGGUCAGCGUCGCGCGCAGGAUGUCAUGGGCUGCCAAGCGAGCGACGACGCGUGUUGAAGACCGCGCGUACUCCCUGAUGGGCAUCUUCGGUAUCCAUAUGCCACCGAUCUAUGGUGAAGGCGAGAAGGCGUUCAUCCGUCUCCAGGAGGAAAUUCUCAAAACCACCCCCGAUCAAAGUAUCUUCGUCUGG